AUGCGUUCAUUUUUGAUCCUUUGCUCCGUCGUCGCUGUCGCCAACGCAGCCAGUCUCGGCUACAACUAUGAGGCCAACAGCAGUCCAGCGCUCGGUGGUGGACUAAGCGGCCCAAGCUAUGGAGGUCCCAGCUAUGGUGGACCAGCAUUAAGUGUGCCCAGUUAUGGUGGACAAGGCCUUGCUGGCCCCAGCUAUAGUGGCCCUUCGGCUGCUGGUCCCAGCUACAGUGGCCCUUCGGCUGCUGGCCCAAGCUCUUUCGGCGGCCUAGCUCCUUCAGGCCCUAGUUACAGCGCUCCCGCUGCUGCUCCUGCUCCCGUUGAGGUUAACAAGGAAUUCUUCACCUACACUGCACCCGAACAUGAGUUCAAUGAUGCUGGUGAUGCAGGUGAUCACGCCAAUUCAUUGAAGAAGAACUUGCGUGUUAUCUUCAUUAAGGGACCUGAAAACUCUGGACUUGAGAAUGCUGCUUUGCAAUUGGCUAAAUCCGCUGGCGAAGAACGCACUGCCAUCUAUGUGCUCAGCAAACAGGCUGACAUCGGUGACUUGGCCAACAAAUUGCAAUCACUCAACCACCGCAAUUCCAACAAGCCCGAAGUGCACUUCGUCAAGUACCGUACCCCAGCCGAUGCUGAGAACGCCAAGCAAGCUAUUCAAUCGCAAUACGAUGGUUUGGGCGGUAACACUAGCAGCCACAAUGGUGGUGUUGCACCAGUGUUGGACUUUGCCUCGAAGGCACCAGCUGCACCAGCUGCUCAGCAAUAUGGAGCCGCACCAGUUGGUGGCGCUGAAAAUGCUUACUUGCCACCCAACAAGCGCGUGUAA